AUGGUGUGUUUGUCGGAAUCUUCUUAUACUCUUCUCAUGAAUGGGAAAUUACAGGGUAGUUUUGAGGGGAGGAAAGGUUUAAGACAGGGAGAUCCUAUUUCCCCUCUUCUCUUUGUGCUGGUAAUGGAGUAUCUCACUAGACUCCUUAAGCAAGUUGUUUAUAAUAGAGAUUUUAGGUUUCAUCCAAUGUGCAAACAUUUAAAAUUAGUGAACCUUUGCUUUGCGGAUGAUCUGAUCUUGUUCUGUAAGGGCAACUUUAGAUCAGUUCAGCUUAUGUUUGAGGGAUUUAUGAGUUUCUGCAAUAGUUCUAGGCUUGCUGCUAACUUGAAAAAGUCUCAAGUUUACUUUGGGGGAGUGGUUGCUGAGGUGAAGCAGAGUAUUCUGAAUUUUGUUGCACUUGGUGAGGGUAAUUUCCCUUUGAAGUACCUGGGGAUCUGUUUGAGACCUACGAAGUGGCAAGCUGCUGAUUGUGGGGAGAUUAUUAAGAAAAUUCAGGCUAAACUUCACAUGUGGGCGAGUGGACAUCUAUCAUUUGCUGGGAGAACUCAAAAUUUUCUCUGGGGCUCUUCUAAUAAUCGCAGCAAACUUCAUUGUACAUCGUGGGCUCAAGUUUGUCUCCCUAAAGCUCUUGGAGGUCUGGGUUUUAUGGAAGGAUCUGUUUGGAACAAAAUUCUCAUGGCUAAGUUCAUCUGGGCUUUGUCCACUAAACAAGAUGUGUUAUGGGUGAAAUGGAUUGAUGGAAUUUAUCUUAAGGGGCAAACUUUUUGGUCUUACCAUCUUAAAGCUGAUGUGAGUUGGUAUUGGCGUAAACUCUGUUACAUAAGGGAGACUUUCUCUGAUUAUAUUUUGGCUAAUGCAACUAUGAAUGGUAAACUUCGGUUGAAGGUUCUGUUAAGUAGCAUUCUUCAAAGACAUCCUGUUGAGUUUGCUAAGGUUGUUUGGUGUUGUCUUACUGUCCCUAAGCAUAGAUUUAUCCCGUGGCAAUCUGUUUUGGGUCAUCUUCUAACUAGGGACAAUUUAGUGAGGUGCCAGGUUUCUAUUGCUUCUGUGUUGUGCCCGGUCUGUGAGCAGGUGGAGGAAUCACAUUAG